AUGCUUGUUAAAGCAAGUAAACGACGUCAUCACGUCACAAAUAAGCCAAAUGAAUUCCCUUUUGGAGGUGAUCCAGAUAAGAAGGAUCUUCCGCAUCGUGAAUGCUUGUUGAAGCAAGUAAACGACGUCAUCACGUCACAAAUAAGCCAAAUGAAUUCCCUUUUGGAGGUGAUCCAGAUAAGAAGGAUCUUCCGCAUCGUGAAUGCUUGUUGA